GCCUGAAUUGUAUUCAAGAUCAUUAUCGUCCCCGAGGAGUACUCUCUUUAAACAAUCUGGAGUGGAGUAAUGAGUGUUUUUGGAGAUUUUCAGCGUGUCUGGGUACAAAGAUUCCCGGACAGCGCCUUGCCGGCGGCCUGGGAAGAGGAUGUCAGGGCCAAUCUAGUCAAGCAUAAACAGAAGGUAACUGCUUUGAGAGAAGAACUUGAAAAAGAAGAAUUUUAUGUAGAAUAUUUAGAAAGAUUAUUGGCAGAUGUUGAACGUCAUAAGCAAUUGGCAAAUAGCAAUAUUAUAACAUCUCCUGAUAAACAGCAGCCUAUAGAAUCUCAAAAUCAGCAUAGUUGUCAAGCAGCAGAGAAUAAUUUAACUAAUUCUACAAGCACAUCUCAUAUUCAACAUGUGGAAUCAUCAAUUUCUUCCCUUCCUGCAUCUGAAGAUAUAAGUAAAUUUCAGGACAAAUGUGUAACUGAGUUAAGUUCUACUCUUAAUACAUGCAAAAGACCCAAAAGUGAAAUACCUAGGUGUCCUGAUAAAGUGCCUGAACUUAGAAGAAACAGUGACCCAGAUGUGCCAAGUAAUUAUGUCACUGUAAUUGAAGUGACAGGAAGUUCAAAAAAAGAUAAAAAUGAAGAAUCUCUCAAAGAGGAAGAUGAAAAAGAUUUAGAAAAUGCAAUUAAUGAAGAUGGAGAGGAUGGUGAUGCAGAAGUAUCAGAGGAAGAACCUUAUUAUGAUUCUGUAGCUUUAGAUCAAACAGGAGAAUAUGUAUAUAUUGAUGCACGUGUUCCACCUGUUGGAAAUAAUAAUGGCAGUAGAGCACCACCAAGGAGACCACCCUCUUUGCCAGAUUCACCAGGAAAUCAAAGCAAUUAUGUCAACAUUGAUUAUUUUAUACAACACAGAGUUGCAGAUAGUGAAGAUGAAGAAGGUGCAAGUCCUGCACCAAUUUUAUUACGUGCUCUUAGCACUGAUAAUGAAACUGGUAGUAGUGAUGCAGAACCUUUAAGUUUAAGUGAGGGUAGUUUAGAAUCACCAACGCCAACUACACCUCGCCGACAGGAGAAAAGUAAAGAGCGUGAAGAUGAUAGAACAUCUAUGAUUAAAUGUAUUAUAAACUCAGUAGUGGAGAGUGAAACUAUUUAUGUUGAAUGUUUAAACGUUAUGUUACAAUAUAUGAAAGCUAUCAGAGCGACAUUAACAACAUCUCAACCUGUUAUAUCUGAAGAUGAAUUUGGUACAAUGUUUUACAAAAUUCCUGAAUUACAUGCAUUGCAUCAAACAUUUUUGGAUGGUCUUAGAAAAAAAUUAGAAAAAUGGGAUAUUAAAACUACUAUAGGUGAACAAUUUAAAGUAAUGGCUAGCAAUAUAGGAUUAUAUGGAGCUUUUUUACAUAAUUAUGCUCGUGCUACUGAUACUGUACGAAGAUGUUCUGCACAUUCCACUCAAUUUGGUGAAAUUACAAGAGAUAUAAGACUCAGAGGAUUUCCGAAAGGACCAGGUUUAUCUCUUGAAGAUCUCUUGCAUAAACCAGUAGCUCGUGUACAAAAAAAUGCAUUAGUAUUGCAUGAUCUUCUUAAGCACACACCAGUGAAUCAUGCAGAUCAUGCACCACUUUCAGAAGCUCUUGCUAUGACUAGAAAUUUUCUAGACGAAUUUAAUAUAAUUCAAACAAAAUCAAUGUUUCCGAGUCAUGAUAGAGCACAAAGAAGAUUGGUAAAAAAUUCGUUUGUGGUAGAACUUUCUGAUGGUCAUAGAAAAUUGAGACAUCUUUUCCUUUUCAAUGAUGUAAUUGCAUGUGCAAAAUAUAAAGCUUCUGGUAGAGAUAAAUUUACAUUUGAAUUGAAAUGGUAUGUACCAGUGGCAGAAGCGGCAGUGACAGAAGAUGGUGUAGAACCACGUGAAACUAGUCCAGCUAAUGUUGUAGCUUUGAGAUCACAAGCAUGUACAGUACGUGAUCAGAUUCUAUGGGAAGAACGAAAUGAUGAGAAACGAAUUAGACUUGGUGGUAGAGGUUCAGAAAAAAAUAGAAAGAAACUUGCUGAGCUUGAGGCUCAAUUAGUAUUAGCAUCUCCAAAUUUAGUAUUACGCGUUGCACAUAAAAGUCAGCAUCGAGUACAAAAUUCGUAUACAUUCUUUCUAUCCAGUGAAUUUGAACGUUCUCAGUGGGUUGAAGCAGUGGAGGCAUUGCAACAGGUAAUGCGUUCCCAUAUGUACCUAGAUAAGUCAAAGGGUGGACAACCACCAGGGCCACUUCCUUUAUCAAUGUAUGAAUUGCAAGCAUGGGUUACAGCCUGUCGUACUUAUCUUCAAACAGAUAUGGGAAGUUAUUUAUUAAGAUCAGGACGUGAUGAAAGUUUAUUACUAGGCGAUCUUCAUUUAACUUUACUUGGCUUGACACCACCAGGUUUAGAUAGAGUUGGAGAUCUUUAUAUCAUUGUUGAAGUUGAUAGUUAUGGACACUAUUUUAAACGAGCAAGAAGUCGAGUUGCGAGAGGUCAAGCUCCAACGUGGGGUGAAACAUUCGUUGUGGAAUUGGAAGGAAGUCAAAAUGUUAGAAUUCUCUUAUAUGAAGAAUGUGGAACACGUUCUGUAUUACGAGGCAAAUGUAUACAAAGAUUGAGUAGAUCUUGGCUUCAAUCAGAUCAAAUAGAAAGAUCAUUAAAUUUAGGUCCAGCUACAUUAGAUGUGGCUCUUCGUUUUGUUCCAAGUGAAGUGACAUUAAGACGUGUACCAUCGGCUAAACCUCAAGGUCUAUUUGGAGCUAAAAUUCAACAAGUGUGCAAACGUGAAAAACGUGACGUUCCUUUUAUUAUAACAGCAUGCGUUAGAGAAGUGGAAAGGAGAGGAGUUGGUGAAGUUGGAUUAUAUCGUGUUUCUGGUUCAGCUUCAGAUUUAACAAAAUUGCGUAAAUCUUUUGAAAGCAAUUCAUAUGAAGCAGAACAAUUACUUAAAGAGGUUGACGUUCAUUCUGUAACGGGUGUAUUGAAAUUAUAUCUUCGUGAAAUGCCAGAAGCUCUCUUCACAGAUGCUCUUUACCCAGCAUUCUUAGAAGCAUUUCAAACUGGCGAAUUAUCAAAAGGUGCUGCUCUUAGAAGAGUAUACGAAAGUCUACCAGCCGUGAAUAAGGCAGUCAUUGACUUUCUACUUGCUCAUUUGAUACGAGUUAAUAAACACGAGGCUCAAAAUAAAAUGUCCUUGCACAACUUAGCGACGGUGUUCGGGCCGACGCUUCUACGUCCUGGUACGAAUUCGCGAUCUGACGUAAAAAGUCGGGAUCCUUUAGCUGCAGGGACCGUAGAUGUAAUGGCACAGGCCGGUAUACUUUAUUGUUUUUUGCAGAUGCAUAUGCAACAGAACAAUCAGUCACUCUAGUCGAGAGGUUCUUGUUGAUACAUCGUAGCGUCAGCUGCUUUUUGCGAGUCUCAUUGGAAAUUGAACUCGCAGCAACUUACGCUGUAAUGUAAAAUGAACGAUUUUUUAUAAUAUAUAUUUUAUUAGUUUUGUGAUGUAUCAUUCAUACAUGCUGAAUUAGAUGUAUAAGUAGACACACUUUGACAAAAUUUUGAUUGAAAUUUCUUUUAUAUUGGUAAACAAUGUAGCAAAAUGAUCUUACAGAACAUGUACUUUAAACUCCUCAAUAUAUAUUUUAUACUUAUAUACUCGUGGAGUCCUAGUUACGAUUUUAUUACGUGAUGAUUACACGUAAAACAUUUCUAAAAAAAAAUUUGUGUAAGGAAAAAUUUUUUCCCAUAAAAACAAUAUCAAAAAAGAGCGAAAUGAAAUAUGGAAAUCCGAUUAUUAAUGCAUCCCCGUUUUAGAAAAUAAGUACUUUUUCCAAUGGAGCGUGUUCCUAGCAGAGAAUCUAAAUUUUUUUACGUAUAUGUCCACAAAAAUUUUCACGUAUUCACGAAAAUAAUCACGUUCCUAAAUAUUUCAGGAAGCACGUUUUUUGAGAUGUGCAAAAUAAAGCUUUUAAUAGUAUAUGUAAAAUAUACUAACUAUAUUUUGUUUUGAUUUGAUAUUUAUGUUUUCCAAGAAAACUAUGUUUUUUCAUUAAUACUAUUUCUUAUUAAAAAUAUUUUGGAAAACAUCAAUGUUCUUAAAUAGGGAAUGCUGUGAAAUAAUCUUAAAUCAAGUUUCUAAUGUUUAAGCUGUAAUUAGAUUCGAAUUUAUUUUUUAUUAAUUGCUUAAUUGAUUUUUGAUGAUAAGUUUAAUAUUUUUGAUACUUUAGAAAUUCAUAUACUUUGAAAUAUUUAAAAUUUAAAAAAUAUUUAAAAAGAAGUGCUUUUUAAAAUUUUCAAAUUUUUGAUAAAUUAAAUAUAAAUAUUUUAUAUAUAAAAUUUUAAAAAAUAAUUUAAAAAACAUUUUAUUAUUAUAUCUGUAUAUUAAUCUGCUGCAUUGAUUGUUAAAUGCAAAGAUUAUUUCAAUCUUUUUCAAUUACUUUUUCAAGUUUUUUUUUUUUUAGAUUAAUAUUUUAGAAGUCUAAGUGCAGCUUAAUUUAGCACCAAAGAGAAAGAUUCUCUCUUAUAUCUUCAAUAAAAACUCUGAAUCUUUGAAGUAUUAAAAUCAUUUUGGAAUUUCUAUAUCAUUAAUAGUACUCUUAACGAUAUUUUUUUAUCAUUAUAUAUAAUUAAUAACUAAUAUAUUAACUCUCCAUUAUCAUCAGAUUUUUAGAAGAACUGCUUUUUAAUUAAAAAAGAAUUUUUUAAUUGAUAUCUUUUAUUCCAAAAAUAUACUUCAAAGAGUUAAUAAUAAUAAAAAAAAUACAUUUGGCAGUACAAAUUUAAUACUCGCUAAAAUUUUGUAUUGUGCGCUAGAAUAUUUUGAUUUUAAUUGAUAAGAUCAAAAAAUAUAUUUAAUGAGUACUCGAUAAAAAAUAUAACAUUGUAUACAUAAAUUAAAUGAAACAAUAAUAAAUUACAAAAAAAAAGAAAACAAAACAAAAUCAAAUUACCAGAGAAGAGGAAAAGAUCGCGUUAUAUUAAUUUCCGAAAGAUAUUUUUGAGCUUGAUAAACAAACAAGGCAACUAUCGUGUGCGUGAUUUUAGCGUAUGCGUGUAUGUAUGCAUGUAUAUUAUGUAUGUAUGUAUGUAUGUAUGUAUGUAUGUAUGUAUGUAUAACGCGCUCAUGUGUAUUAUAUCGUAAAUAAUUCGAUAUUUUUAAUUUUUAUAUCAUAUUUAACAUUAAGACGCGGUCCUCUUUUGUACAUUCAUAAAAUUUGUAAAGACAAAGUUUCAGUUAUUAUUAUUAUUAUUAUUAUUAUUAUUAUUAUUAUGCUUAUUAUUAUUAUUAUUAUUAUUAUUAUUAUUAUUAUUAUGUUUAUUUUUAUUAUUUCAUAUUUUACAAUUAUCAAUUUUUUAUAAAACAAAUAUUUGUUAAUGAACAUUCAAUUAAGCUAGCUUAUUCGCAGCAAGAUAAUGUACUGCCAAAAAGAACCCUUAAAAUGCAUAAAUAUAUUGGAGAUUUAUAAACUUUUAA